UUUAUAGGUCUUGGACAAACGCAAGCUCUGCAUCAGUUAUGCUCGAUCCCUCCCUCAGGUGAGAUGGAUCAGCUGCAGGUAAUUGUAGAGUCUCCUGGUGAUGCCCUCGUAGAUGCCAUCAAAGAAAAGUUGGAAUCUUUGUCUUCCCUUUCGAGCAAGUGUUGUAUCUAUAGAGUACCCGAGAGGUUGCGGAGGCUCAAUCCAGAAGCAUAUUCACCUCGGGUUGUCUCCAUCGGGCCGCUCCAUCAUGGUAAAGAAGAACUUCAAGCCAUGGAAGAGCAUAAACUAAGGUACAUGCAAAGUUUUAUAUAUAGAACGUCCCUAAGCAUAGAGGAACUUGUGCAAGUUGUGAGGACAUGGGAAGAAAAGGCUAGGGACUGUUAUACGGAAACCUUAGAGCUUAGCAGCGAUGAUUUUGUGAAGAUGUUAAUUGUAGAUGGUAGCUUUGUGGUUGAGUUCAUAUUGAGAUGUCGAUACCCUAACCUUACCGGUGAGAAUGAUCGGAUUGUUAAGAGGCCAUCAAUGACUUCUGAUGUGUUCCGUGAUAUGAUCUUGCUUGAAAAUCAGCUUCCGGGUUUUGUUGUGAAGGACACGUUCGGUUUGCUCUCUGAUCACUACCUUGAACAAAUUCAACCUUUCCCUGAGUCCAUUCAACACCACUUUCGGGGUCUCUUGCCCAAUAUAUGUACUUCAGAAGCAGACCAUUUCGUUGAUCUUCUGAGAUGUAGUUGCCUACCUUCGAUUCCACGAAUUUCGGAACGCCAUAAAAUGAAUCUGUACAGUGCACCAUCUGCAACAGAGCUUAACGCUGCAGGUGUCAGGUUGGAGCUGGAAAAGAACAACAUGAGUUCACUUGAUAUAAAGUUUGCAAAUGGAGUUCUCACGAUUCCCCCCAUUAUUGUCGAUGAUUUCACUGAAACCAUGUACAGAAACAUCAUCGCGUUUGAACAAUGUCACUGCUGGGACAAGCACUUCAGCGAGUAUGCGGGUCUGCUCAGUUGCUUUAUGCAAUCAUCAACAGAUGUGGAACUACUUGUCCAUCGUGGAAUCCUCCGGAACAACAUUGGAAACGGACAAAAUGUUUCCAAGAUGUUUGAAAACAUUACCAAGGAGAUCCUUAUCGGCGGCACAUAUUACUACGAGACACUCUCCGAUAAUCUGCAAGCUUACUGUAGAUCGCCUUGGAACAAGUGGAAGGCGACGCUAAGACGAGACUAUUUCCGCAAUCCAUGGUCGAUUGCUUCUGUUUUGGCUGCUAUAACUCUCCUUCUCCUUACCCUCAUACAGGUUGUAUGCUCUAUCUUGGCCUUAUGAGGUUCACAGUUCAUAUGAUGGGACUGAAUAUAAGGUAUUCUCUAAUGAAUAUGCAUAUUUAUAUCAGUUGUCGUCUGGCUUAUUUUGUUGAUAUUUCCGGUUUAUGAAAACUUGGUCAAAUUGUUUGGCACAUUUGUGUUUCCUCUGAGUUUGUAUUUGAAAGGAACUUAAGCGCACCGAUUGAGAUGUUGCCGUUAACACCUUAAGAUCACGAGUUUGAGUCUUGA